CGCGGCGGGCGCCAUUUCGGGGAGCAGCCGCUGGUGCCAGAGCCGGGGCCCAGCCCGGGUCCGGGGAUUGCCCGCCACGGUCGCGCCGCUCCUUGCCACCUGCCGCCUCGGAGCUGGCCGAGCGGCGCCGUUCAUCUGGGGAUUAGACGCCUGGAGAGGGCUCCUGAGUCCUCGGGCCCAUCCCCCAACGUCAGCACAGCCAGCGCCGGAACCGGGAGUCGUUUCUGCCGUCGCUGGACCUCGGGCGCCCGAACGAGGACAGCACCCACCCGCAGCGCAGGUGUCCUGAAAAAUGGCUGAUGAUAUUGAUAUUGAAGCAAUGCUUGAAGCUCCUUACAAGAAGACUUGCCUAACGAUAUCUCACCUCUACUCCCAUGAAUUCACCUUUGAUUCCAGUGUGAACUGUCAAUCAUAAGGUAGUAAUUGAGUGACGUAUCGCUGUACCGUGGUCCCCUAGGUUUAAAAACACAAAAACAAAACAAACCAAAACCAACAACAACAAAAACACACAAUCACCGACCAACCAAAACAAAACAAAAAAAAACAAAACAAAAAAACCAAAACAAAACCCCCAGAACAAAAAACCGCAAAAAUCUCUCCUAAAAUUGCCACGUCCAGUUUGGUAUAGCAACAAGGUGAAUGCAGUGGUUUGGGAAAACAGCAGGGUUCCAAGAAUAACUUUUUCACCAGUCCCAUGGCAAGUAAAUACUUGAACAGUCUGCUCGGUGCAAGAAGAGUGAGACUUACUUUUAAUGCAGAAGACUGGUGGCGGUUAAUCUUUUAACAGGGCAGAUGAAAAUCAAUUGCUGAGUGAACGAAUUUACUGAAAUUCUUGGAUCCCUGAAUAGAAUGUUCUUAGCAAGCAAAAGACAGUAUCACAGUCUGCGGUAUCAUUCUAAAAUAAGCUUUUGUAUUCUGUCCUAGUUGUUUAAUUAGGAAAUGUCAAUUCUUAUGCAAAAUUUUUAUCAAUUAGCGUAGCGAUGUCUUAUAUAAGCCAGCAGCAAAUGAAUACUGUCUUUUUUUGUUUUUCACCAAAUGGUGAAGUGUUAACACUAUGCAUGCUUUAGCUCUGGUUUUGCAAGAAAUGUAUAUUAAGUUUAAGUCACUUAGGAAUUGUACUUUUGAUGUAACUGAUGUGAUUAAACUGUAAAGCAAGUAUAUAAAUUAUAUAGCAGCUAUUGUUAGUCUAUUCUGCAGUGUUUAUUACAGCCAUGUCAUGAAUUUUGGAUGAGCAUUUGUAAGUUUUAAGUGGUAUAUUUAGUUUAUGUAAUAUUUAGCAGUUACGUUAAAAUCUUGAAGAGAAAUUUGUAAAUUGUUAUGUUAAAAUUCUUGUGUCCUGGUUUAACAUGGAUAUUUUCCAUGUAAACAGGUAUGGAAAUAGGGAAUGUUUAGGCUGGACUGGUGGAUUAUUGAUGACUUUCUUGGGAGUCGACCUUACUAAAGCAGUGUGAAUCCCUGUUUGCUUCAGGGCGAGAUGUGUGACAGAGGUGACAUCAAGCUCUUACAACCCUUCAGCGAAAAUGAGUGAAGAUCUCGGGAAUGGCAUCGGUCACAAGAAAACCAUAGUGGCUGGCUGCUAGCGUAGCCACUGGGGCUUAGGCAGAGAUAGCCUUGGUACUGAUCAGAGGGGCACACAAACCUGAAACUUCCUCUUACACUUUAUAGAAAUAACAUUUAACCACUUGAGUGCUGAAUUCUACAGGAUAACUUGCUCUCUGAAGCAUGUAAGGAAGUAUCUACAAUUUAAUACACACUUUUAAAAGAUGAUGAGAACAAAUUGAGCAGUGCCAAUGGCCAUGAAGAACGCAGCAAGAAGUAAAAAAAAGAGCAAGAGCCGAAGUCGAAGCCAUGACAGGAAGAGGAGCAGAAGUAAGGAACGCAAACGGAGCCGAGAUCGGGAAAGGAAAAAGAGCAGAAGCCGGGAAAGGAAACGGAGCAGAAGCAAAGAACGCAGACGCAGCCGUUCUAGAAGUAGAGAUCGCAGAUUCAGAGGCCGCUAUAGAAGUCCUUAUUCUGGUCCAAAAUUCAACAGUGCCAUCAGAGGGAAGAUUGGUCUGCCUCACAGCAUCAAAUUAAGCAGACGACGCUCCAGAAGCAAAAGUCCUUUCAGAAAAGACAAGAGCCCUGUUAGAGAACCUAUUGAUAAUCUUACCCCAGAAGAGAGGGAUGCUCGAACAGUAUUCUGCAUGCAGCUGGCUGCAAGAAUUCGGCCUAGAGACCUGGAAGAAUUUUUCUCUACAGUAGGGAAGGUUCGUGAUGUGCGAAUGAUUUCGGAUAGAAAUUCCAGGCGUUCAAAGGGAAUUGCUUAUGUAGAAUUUGUUGAUGUUAGUUCAGUGCCUCUGGCAAUAGGACUAACUGGUCAGAGAGUCUUGGGUGUACCAAUCAUAGUACAAGCAUCACAGGCAGAGAAAAACAGAGCAGCAGCAAUGGCAAAUAACCUGCAGAAGGGCAGUGCUGGUCCUAUGAGGCUGUAUGUGGGAUCGUUACACUUCAACAUAACUGAAGAUAUGCUUCGAGGAAUUUUUGAGCCAUUUGGCAGGAUCGAAAGCAUUCAGCUGAUGAUGGAUAGUGAAACUGGACGCUCAAAAGGAUAUGGAUUUAUUACGUUCUCAGACUCUGAGUGUGCCAAGAAGGCCUUGGAGCAGCUCAAUGGAUUUGAGCUGGCUGGUAGGCCAAUGAAAGUUGGACAUGUAACUGAGCGCACUGAUGCUUCCAGUGCUAGUUCAUUUUUGGACAGUGAUGAGUUGGAACGGACUGGAAUUGACUUGGGAACAACUGGUCGCCUUCAGUUGAUGGCAAGACUUGCAGAAGGUACUGGUUUGCAGAUUCCCCCAGCUGCACAGCAGGCUCUGCAGAUGAGUGGAUCUUUGGCAUUUGGAGCUGUGGCAGAUUUGCAAACGAGACUAUCUCAGCAGAAUGAAGUUCUGGCUGCAGCUGCUUCCGUACAACCACUUGCAACACAGUGCUUUCAGCUUUCCAACAUGUUUAAUCCUCAAACUGAAGAAGAAGCUGGCUGGGAUACAGAAAUUAAAGAUGAUGUGAUUGAGGAGUGUAACAAACAUGGAGGAGUUAUCCACAUCUAUGUAGACAAAAACUCAGCUCAGGGCAACGUGUAUGUCAAAUGUCCUUCAAUUGCUGCUGCCAUUGCAGCUGUAAAUGCGUUGCAUGGGAGGUGGUUUGCAGGUAAAAUGAUUACAGCAGCGUAUGUACCUCUUCCAACAUACCACAGCCUUUUCCCAGAUUCUAUGACUGCAACCCAACUACUGGUUCCUGUUCGACGAUGAAGAUGGAUUUAGUCAGUUUUGUACAUAGUUAUUUUUUGGAGGAAGAUUGAGUUAUCUUUUAUUUAGAUAAAACUAAAGGAAAGGAUUUAAUGUCAUUUUGUGUACACUUCCUGCUACCUUUAAAAAUAAAAUGAAGUAAGCAGAAAUGCAGUGUGUUCAUUCUCCCUAACUAGCAUUUCCACUGUAUACAAAGCUGUUGACUUCUUGUUCUGCCUUGUAAUUCUUGUACAUUGACUAAGGUGAUCUGUAGGAACUGAGAAGUAGCUAAUAGAAAACAAGUUCUCUGUAAAAGGCAGAUGGGACAUGAUGACAUUUUUAAUGUUUCACAAGCCUUUCUUUUAAUGCAGCAAUUACAUUUUACAUUUCACUAAAUGUAGGUGAUCUGCUAAAGGUUAAUAUCAGAGACAGACUUUAUGAAGGGACAUACUUAGUGUUUUGUAUAAAUAGAAGAUUCAAAAGGCUACUGAAAGCUGACUCUAGGCAGCCACUCAGCUUGCUCUGUGCUGAAUAAUUGGUAAGAAUAGAAGGAUUGAAGGGUUUUAUUUCUUGAUGGUAACUUUUGAUUAAUGUAUCUGUAAAAGUUUCUUUGUAAAUACUGUGUGAGGUGUGUCUAAGUUUCCAAACAAAACAAUCUCUGCAUUUCCAGUAAGUUUCUAUGUAUGUGGUGUGGCACAGUUGAAGGAUUUCAGUAGAGUCUGAAAAUUGGUAGGAAAUACAGAAACAUGUUUUGUUCUGGUUGCAUAUAAUCUUUGCUCUUUUUAAGCUCUGUGAGCUCUGAAAUAUAUUUUUGGGUUACUUCAGUGUGUUUGACAAGACAGCUUGAUAUUUCUAUCAAACAAAGACUUUCAUAUUGCAACAAUCUUUGUAAGAACCACUCAAAUAAAAUUCUCUUAAAAAGGC